AUGGCAGUUGAAAUGAUCGUCGAACCCAAAUGGGUUGUCCAGAACUUCGGAGUGAGUUUGGGGAAGGAUAGGGGACCUGUUAAGGCUCCUAACUAGUUAGGGGCCUUAACAGGGGGCCUGAAAAGCCCCCCUGAGCAUGUUUGGACUCAAAAAAUAACAUUUUCUUUGCAGAAUGUUCGAAUUUUGGACGCCUCAUGGACUUUCAAACCAAAACCCGACAUCAACGAAUACAAAUCCAAAUAUUUCGGCAAAUUCGGCGUCGCAAUGAACGAAUUAAAGAACCAAGAAUACAUUGCCGAACACAUCAACGGUGCCGCCCAUUUCAACUUCGACAUCGCCUAUUAUCCAUCAGAAGAGGAGCGUUUCACAUUGUACGACGCCGAAAACUUCACCGCCUACGUCAAACGACUCGGCGUCUUCAACGGCGAUCACAUCAUUGUCUACGGACGCGGAAAGGACGGCGGAAUGCCUGCCGCAUGCCGCGCCUAUUGGACGUUCCGCUACUAUGGUUAUACCAAUAUUAGUGUGUUGAAUGGCGGUUUGGAGGCGUUCAAAUUGGCACAAGGAGUUGUGCAAUCGGGAGAAAGUAUGAUUUCGAGUGGAAAUUAUGAGACAACUACAACUGAUAAGAAUAUUUUGGCCAAUUUGGCUGAUAUUCCAUUUGAUAAUUUGGCAAGUGUCAAAUAUUUGGAUACACGUACCAAGGAAGAAUGGACUGGAAAAGUGCCAAUUGGAUAUCCGGAAAGUUCAGCGACUGGUGUUCGAUGCAAAGAUGCUAUUCAUUUUCCGUUGGGUGAAGUUGUUGGACCAAAGGGAAUUAAGAAGAAGACUGAAUGUGAUGCUGGUGAGGGAUUUUUGGGGAUUUUGUGAUGAUUUUUAGCUGAAAAUCUAAAAUUUUGAGCUUAAAUUGGGCCUUUUGAAGGUUUUUAGUGGAAAAUUUGAUAAUUUGCAGCUAAAUUCAGCUUUUCUGAUGAUUUUUUAGCUGAAAAUCUGGAAUUUUGAGCUUAGAUUGAGCCUUGUGAAGGUUUUUAGUGGAAAUUUGAUUUUUGGGUUGUUUAGACCCUAAAAAUGAUACUUCAUAGCUAAAUUCAGCUUUUUUGAUGUUUUUAGGAGAAAAUUUUGAGAAAAACCCAUAUUUUUGAGCCUAGGGGGAGGUUUUUUAGCUGAAUAUCUCGAAUUUUGAGCUUAGAUUGGGCCUUGUGAAGGUUUUUAGUGGGAAAUUUGAUACUUUAUACCUAAAUUUAACUUUUUAGAUGAUUUUUUAGCUGAAAAUUUCGAAUUUUAAGCUUAGCUUGGGCCUUAAGAAGGUUUUUUGUGGAAAAUCUCGAAUUUAUAGCUACAUUUAGCUUUUUUGAUGAUUUUUUAGCUGAAAAUCUGGAAUUUUGAGUUAAUGUUUCCAAAGAAACCACAAAUUUCAAGAUUUUCAGCAAAUCUAGGAUUUUUAGCUCACUUUUGUUAGGUUACUGUAGAUUUUUGGCGCCAAAACCACAUUUUUCAAAAAUCCCGAAAAUUUACUGUUUCAAAAUUUUUGGAUAAGAUUUUUAAAAAUUGGAUUUUUAUUGCAGUCUUCUCGUAGUGUGAAAAUUGUUUGAUUACUGUAGACUUUUAGCGCCAAAAAUCAUUUUUCAAAAAUCCCGAAAAUUUACUGUUUCAAAAUUUUUAUAAUUUUGGAAAAAAUAAUUUUUGUGUCAUUCGCAAACUCAUCUAUAGUUUCACUAAAAAAAGUACCACCAAUCCCAUAUUUUUGCAGCCUUCGCCGCCAAAGGAAUCAAGACUGGUGACACUGUGUACGUUUCUUGCGGAAUUGGUUUGGGAGCAUCGGCUGUUUGGGUUGCGGCUGCUCGUUCGGGAAUUUGUGCCAAAUUGUUCAAUGGCGGAGUUCACGCGUUGGCUCACAAGGCACCACAACAUUUGAACACCAAGUAA